ACAACUCUUUCUGAUCUAUCAUGGCAUCUGUCGGUAAAAAAGAAGUAAUCGUCAUAACAGGGGUAUCUACAGGCUUAGGCCUUGCCAUGGUGAAAUGGUACAUAUCCCAAGGCCAUACAGUGUUAGGAUGUGCACGCUCAGCUCAAAAGAUAAAUCAGUUGAAUGACGAGUUCGACGAGUUCGGUAAAGGGGGCGAACAAAAUCAGUUCACUGUCGUUGACAUUCUGAACGAGGCAGACGUGAAACGUUGGUCACAAGAUGUUAUUUCUAGCUUUGGAGCGCCGACGUUUCUCCUCAAUAAUGCUUCUGUUGCCAACAAUAAGGCUUGCUUGUGGCAGAUUUCUGGAGAAGAGUUCAACGGUGUGAUCGAUGUCAACGUUAAGGGUACCACGAAUGUCAUACGCCAUUUUGUACCCGAAAUGAUAAAAGCGGGAAAGGGUGUGGUCGUUAAUUUUAGUUCUAUCGGUGGAAGAAGUUCGUCGCCAAAUGUAGCUCCAUAUUGUGCUUCCAAGUUUGCUAUUGAGGGGCUUUCUAAAGCAAUGGCACUUGAGUUACCAGCACCGCUGACAUGUGUUCCGUUGCACCCAGGAGUCAUCAACACACCUAUGUUGCAGAAAUUAUUGGGAGAACAACAUGCAGCCAUGUAUAAGUCGCCAGAGGCAUGGGCCCAGGAUGCCUGUCCAUUCAUUCUGGCCAUUGACCACUCUCAGAAUGGAAUGAGCCUCACAGCUCCAUAGAUUUAUUACAUAGUUGUUUUGCAAACUGUGUAUGCUUAGUGAGGGUCUAAAGAGAAACAGACAUUUUUAAAAGUAACUGUCUAGCACAAACCAUCGUAGCCCAUAAAACAGAAAAAAGUACUGUUAAUGGAAUUAUUUUGGAACUUGUGAAUAGUGUGUAUUGAGUCCCAGCGGUUUUUCUUUACAACCAUUUCUAGCUAAAGGAGCAUGAUGGAAACUCCAAUUAAACUGUCAUAUGACUUUCAGGACAGAUAGGAAUUUCAUAUAUUUAUAUUGGGGGUAAUACACAAGAGAAGCAUUUAAUAAUUUUAGUUUAGAAAAUGGCCAUCAUUUUAAUGAAGAAUUUGUAAAUGUGUGGUUUGAAAAAAUUAUAUAUUUGCUUUUUCCAGUACUACUUAACAAUUGGUUCAUGCUUUAGCGUGCACUAUC